AUGACGACACUUCAAAGUCAGAGUUUGACAACCCCGACAGUAUUGGUGAUACAGUCUUCGCAAUGGACACAGCUUCGACCAGAACGGUGCAAUGCUAAACACGUUGUCAAUUCUGUCGAACUGCAGGACGUCCAAGAGAUACAGAACCAGCAGCUUCAAUGGCAGUCCGCGAGCCACCUGUCCGAACGGCGGACGAUGGUGCAACGAAUUCUGCAGCUUUCGCAGAGUCAUAGCAAGUCCAACGUAAAUUCCAAUAGAGCAGUGUUGUUGGCCAAGCGCAUUGAACUGGCACUGUAUUCACGUGCGGGUUCGUUGAUUGAAUACGGCAACUUGACAACGCUUCGACGACGACUACAGAGCCUGGUUGCUUCUAGCGUGCACGAAGCUGUGGCAAGUGAGACAGGGGUGCAAACCAGAAAGCGUCAUGUUAUGUCACGAAAUUUGAUGCAAGUUAGCAAGCGUCAACGAUGCACGUCCACAACCACAAGUAUCAAUAUCUUUUCUUCCAUUGAUGAGGACUGUACGCGCUUGGUGUUCUCGUUUUUAGAUGGUAAUGAGGUUAUGCGUCAACGGAUGCUGAAUCGGUUUGCUGCUGCUUUCUUGCCGAAUUGUAUACUGUGUCUGACAGUGAAGGUCUCUCAAUUGGCACACGGACUGGCUUCCAACUCGUCCAUGCUUCGGCUGAUCAAACUCGAGCAGCUUGUAGUGCACAAGGCUGGAGCGUUAUCCUUAUCUCCAGCAGUAGCAAGAGUUGGAUCCGCAACGACUCCACUUUACGCUUGGGGCUGUGCCGAGCUUCCAACGAAUCAAGCGAAUGAUGGUGAAAGUGCUGUGCUUGCUUUGGCUGGUGCAUUGAGCUCUGGCACCUUUCCGAAUCUGAAGAAACUGCAGCUCAACUCGAUGUUCGUCAACACCAUGAGCCAUAACGGUCUAUUUCCGCUGUGCAAGGCACUGGAAAGUAGCUGCUGUCCAUUUUUGGAAGACUUACUACUGGCUGGCAACAACCUCGGUGAUCUCGGCGCAUACAGAGUCGCACGUUUGCUUCAGUCUCCUCAAGCUCCACGUCUUACUCGUUUGGAUCUACGUCGUAAUUUUAUGGGUGAGACUGGACUACGUGCAGUUGUGUGUGCUCUAAUCCAGAAGCAGCCUUUGCUCCAAGUGCUGUGUAUGGGAGGAAACCUCGUGACCGACAACUGUGUGAGUGAGCUACAGAGAUUGUUGGCAAGUUUAGCCUGCCCGACUCUGCGAUUCCUCGGUCUUGAAGACAACUUUUUGAGCGCCGAAGGUGUGCAUUUUUUAGUCAAGACGGCAGCAACCAAUACCACCUCAUCAACGAAACUGCGUCGCGUCUCCUGCGAUUGCGAAGCUUCCGCGUAA